CUGUACAAAAUGGCGGCUGUUGUUGUUUUGCCGCAGGGUCAGUGAAUAAAUCCGUUUUUCAUUUCAACAAUUUUCUGCACUCAGUUGCAGAAACAGCAAUACAAAGCCCAGGUGUCCCGAGGGUCGGCUCCGUGUGGACUGAAAUGAAAGGUAAAGAGCGGUCGCCGAUCAAAAAACGCUCCCGGGCCUUGGACGACAUACGAGACAGGGGAGGAUGCCACCCGACCAGCAAGAAAAUGGGGGCUCUCUCCGUUUCCAGUGGGAGUAAUAAUGGAAAUAGCUCGGCUAAAAGCGACGGCGGCUCGACGAGAAGGAGUCUACUCGGUGAAAAAAGAGACAGAGAUUUUGACGGUCACAGUCGGACUGGAAAUAACCACAGUUGUCAGUCUGCUGCCGCUAGCUCCAUCGGUAAGAACCACAGCCUGAGCCUCACGCUGGACUUAGCCUCACCGAGGACCGCUUCACGGGCGGAGCAGCGGGUGCAGCCGCCGAGCACCGAGAGUGAGUACAAAACACUCAAAAUAAGCGACCUCGGCACCCAGCUGAGCGACGAAGACAUAGAGGACGGACUCUUUCACGAGUUUAAGAAAUUCGGAGACGUGAGCGUUAAGAUAAGCCGUAGCAACGACGAGCGGAUAGCGUUCGUGAAUUUCAGGAAGCCGGAGGACGCCAGAGCCGCUAAGCACGCGAGGGGACGGUUGGUGCUCUACGAUCGUCCGUUGAAAAUCGAGGCCGUGUACAUAAACAGGAGGAGAAGCCGCUCCCCCGUGGAGAGGGACUUGUAUGGUGCAGCUCAAAGCCACAGACAUUUGCAGAGACCCCUCUCGCCCACCGGGCUCGGAUACAGAGACUACCGGCUGCAGCAGCUGGCCUUGGGACGGCUCCCCCCUCCCCCGCCGCCCCCUUUGCCCAGAGAGCUGGAGCGGGAGAGGGAGUUUGCCCUGUUUGAAGCCAGGGCACGCCCCGCUUUCAUUGCAGAGCGAGCAGCUUUUCGCGAGGAGGACUUUAUAUCUCCAGAAGAUGACCAAAGAGCCAAUAGGACGUUGUUUUUAGGCAAUCUGGACAUAACUGUUACAGAGGCGGACCUGAGGAGAGCUUUUGACAGGUUUGGGGUCAUAACUGAAGUGGACAUUAAAAGACCCACACGAGGACAAACCAGCACAUAUGGAUUUCUGAAAUUUGAGAAUCUUGACAUGGCUCACCGUGCUAAACUUAGUAUGUCUGGCAAAAUAGUCGGCCACAACCCCAUAAAGAUAGGUUAUGGGAAAGCAACUCCCACCACACGCCUGUGGGUGGGUGGACUCGGACCCUGGGUUCCUGUAGCUGCCCUAGCAAGAGAGUUUGAUCGCUUUGGCACUAUAAGGACCAUUGACUACAGAAAGGGGGACACUUGGGCCUACAUUCAGUAUGAAAGUUUGGAUGCUGCACAAGCGGCGUGCACACACAUGAGGGGCUUUCCCCUGGGAGGUCCAGAGAGAAGACUUAGAGUGGACUUUGCUGACACUGAGCAUCGUUACCAGCAGCAGUUCCUGCAGCCUCUCCCAAUACCACCGUUUGACAUGGUGGCGGAGUCAUUUGUCCACCGUGCCACACCUGAACCUCUGAGGGUCAGGGAACGGACUCCACCGCCACUUCAUUUCAGGGAAAGAGAGCUCUUUCCUGGAACUGAGUGGCCCAAUCCAGCUAUUCGUGAUCGGGUACGUGCUUCACCCUUUGAGCCUCUGGAGCACUUGGAACGUGAGCGGCGGGCACGAGAGCCCUGGUCGCUGGAACGAGAGCUACAGGGACGAGAACCUGCACGCAAGCGGCGUAUAAUGGAGGACGGACGCCAUAUAGACCACUCCCCUGACAGCACUGAGAGGACAGUAAGGCGUAGACGUGCUUCUCCAGAUGGCAGUCCUGGAGGUAGCAGCAGAGAUGGAGGGCGCUUCAGUGACCCGGAGCGCCCUCCGCGGGCCGAGAGACCCUCUCCGGCACGAGAACGUCACGGCAGCCUGGAAAAAAGUGUGGCUGAACGGAGACUCAAAAGCCAGAGUCUCUCUGACAAGGGACCACCAAGCAGCAGUGUUUCAUCAGUUGGAGAGCGUAAGCGCAAAGCCGGUGAUGGUGGUAAAGGGCCGGCCAAAAGAGAACGUUCUGAGAACAAUUCCAAGGGAGGCCAGCCGUCCAAACCAGACGGCACAAAACUCAGUCUGGCCUGGCAUGGUAUGCUGCUACUCAAGAACAGCAACUUCCCGGCCAACAUGCACCUGCUGGAGGGCGAUCACAAUGUAGCCAGCGACCUGCUUGUUGAGGGCACAUCAGGGCGGCAGGUGAGCGAGCUAAAGAUCACCCAGCGUCUCCGUCUGGACCAGCCCAAGCUUGACGAAGUGUCCCGGCGCAUCAAGGUGGCGGGUCCCGGUGGCUACGCCAUCCUGCUGGCAGUUCCUGGGACCACAGAGGAUUCGUCUUCGUCUGACCCUGCAGCCUCGACUCAGCGGCCGCUUCGCAACCUGGUGUCCUACCUCAACCAAAAACAAGCAGCUGGAGUCAUCAGCCUACCUGUGGGAGGGAGCAGAGAUAAAGACAACACAGGGGUUCUUCAUGCUUUCCCUCCCUGUGAUUUCUCCCAGCAGUUCCUGGAUUCCUCUGCCAAAGCUCUGGCUAAAAGUGAAGAGGACUAUCUGGUCAUGAUUGUGGUUCGUGGAGCAUCUUAAAAAAAAAAAAUCAGAACACACACACAAGUUCAAGUGGUGUAAAAAGAAAAAAAAGAAAAAAAAAAGAAAUCUGCUGUAUGUCAGUAACUAUUGCAUGCUGUGUGUUCUGCAUUAUGGGGUACACUAGUAUGGUUCUUGAGUGUUUGUAUGUUACCAUGUAAUCCACUAAAAUAGCAAACCCUGCCCUCCUACUAAACUAAAAGGAUGUGUGUAUUUGAAAUAAUUUUUAAUUGCUCACAGUCAAAAACCUGCAGUAAUUCAGUCAGAACAUAUUAAAAUAUGAGGAGCACUUGUUGACUACAUUUAAUUUAAGAAUAGAUGAGGCAUAUAGAAAACUGUUUUUUUGGUUAAUUUACAGGUUUAAAAACAGGUUUCCAACUCUACUACGAGAAAAGAAUUAAAAAAACUAAAAAAACAAACCAGAUUUGCACUGAGUAGACACAACAACACCUCCACUACAAUAAUACCACAAACAAUAGCCUCACAGGCUACUAUAGUGUUGAGGCCACGCCUCCCUGACUGUGUUAACAACAAGCUGAAAUGUACAAGUUUAAAAAGGUCAUGUUUGUGUCCAGGCUGUUAUACUGCAUUACCUUAGAUUGUAUAGGUGUUAUUGUGUCUAUAGGCUUUUACAUGAGGAGAAUCAGAAAAACAUCCCUUUUCAAGGCUUUGAAUUACAGUGCAAUAAUAUUUCUACCACUGAGCAUUUCUUAACUGACGGUUCUCUGUGAAGGUGGAGUUAAUGGUUUGGUACUGCAGUUACAAAGCCAAUCAAGACAAAAAAAUCAUUUUGGAGGCCGAAACAUUUCGCACAACUUUUCUCCGGCACACCACACUCACCAGAAGUUUUAGGCUUCCAUCAUCGGGUAACCUCCCUGAUGUCAACACGAUAGCUAAAACUGUUUGGUGGAUGGAGUGCGGUGUACUGCAAGAGUUAUGCGAUGUGUUUUGCGUGUGUGUGCUCUCAAAGUUGGAAAACAUUUUGAAGGUCCCCGGUUAAAACGUCUCUAGAAACACUGGCACAUAAUGUUGUGAAUUCAGUCACAACAUGUUGUGAAUUCUGUUAAAAAAGAGAUAAAUAACGUUCAGUUUCAUGGUUUGGAUUUGAGAGUAUUUUUUAUUAAUGUGUUCCUCAGUGUUGGAACACCAAAUUGCAAGAUAGACAAUGAACUCAGUGUGUGUCCACUGGUGAAACUAAAUUGUUACGUCAACUCUAUUUGGAAUGCUGAAUACUAACAGAUGUGAUAUUUUCGCCCAGGGAACAGCCCAUAACGUGACGCGCAUAGCAUAGUAAAGCAAAUACUAACAUGUUUUUCAUAUUUUUUACUUCAUAUUUUAUUUUGUGCAUCCCUACCUUAGAAAUGGUUGUGUAAUGUGAUCUAUGAAAAACUACAGUAGUAAUGGAUAAAAAAAAAAAAAGCUUAGAGUUUUGUGUUGUUUCAUUUAUUGCUCUGAAGCCAGUAGGUCCUCAAAUCAUAAUAAUAAUAUUCAGUAUCAGUAAUACGUUGGUACAAAGUGACAAAAACCUGCUCUUUGUUCAGUAAGUAGGUCUGAGUCAUUUUAACGUUUUAGAAACACUUUCAUGUUCAUGUUUGAAUCAUAUUUUAGAGGUAUAAAUUGGACACGAUACAACUCAUGCCUGCCAACAUGUUCCCAAGGCCUACUUAUCGAAUUUUGUUUUGCCAUUGGAUGUUUGUCAUGCAAUAGAAAACCGCUGAUUAUGGUUUAAUGUGUAUUGAAAACAAACUUGUUCUGUGUGAACAUCACACCCACUUCAACGUUGGACUCUCGAGGAGACGAGCGCAGAGACGAAACUCUCUGCAGAGAAGGUGUUUGUGAGUCCUCGCUAAUGAGGCAACUUUUAAGUUGUGUAUCCCAACUGCACCUGUGAUGACUUCUGUUUUAAAUGGAAAAAUUGAGCAAUGUACACUUUGAUGUCAUGGGAAAGGAAAAUCCAUAGAGCCCAUGCGAAGCUGUUCACAUACCUGCAAGUGCAUUUGGGCACUUAAUGUGACCGAUUAUCAAUAAAUUGUUCAUUUGAAGGGAAACAUGUUUCUUCGAUGGAAGUGAAUUGAAGGAACACGCUGCCAUACCUUAUUGUGUUUCGACGGAGUUGUCACUUGAAAUUUUGUUUCUGCACACGAGGGAGACAAUUUGCAGUUUGUUUAGCACCAGUGAAGAGAGACGCCUGUAUCGCGUGAGGAUCGCUGUUUGCUUACAGGCCUGUUCUGAGCUCCUAAGUUGCCUGUCAUAAAUCACUCCCCCAUGAGUCUCCGUUAUACCGUCAACGUUUCCUGUUGGCAACGUGAACACCUGAACAGGAUCGAGGAGCCUCUCCGCUGCCUGUUGUUUACAGCCAGUUUGCAGUGUGAAGCAGUGGCAGACGCAGACAGCGGUGCAGUUUGGGAGUCGAGGGCAGGAGCCAGUAACCUGUUGUCUUCCCUGCUCUCUACUCUAAAGGUUUCAUGUGCAUUGUUCCUGGUCCUGAAUAGGAGCUGAGGAAAUCCCAUCACCGGCCGUCACACACACUCCACUCAGGAGAUUGUGGGCAACACCUCUCUGAAAUUUCCAUAGCGUCUACAGUUCCAGCUGUCUCACUGCAGAGGCCAAGCUGAACCACUGGGGUGAUUUGUCUUUAUUAUGCUUUGCCCGGUUAUGAUUUGAUUUGACUUAAUCAGGGAAGAGGAUUGGCCCCAAACCUCAGCUAGGAAUAUUGUUUGCCCCCAUCUUCGUGUUCUCCUCUGAUUGAACCCUCUCCGAGGAGACGAGUGAAGAAGUGUGUAUUGCGGUGCUGAAGCUGUAUUCCAUCGUCAUCUGAGGUCUGCUGCAGCAUGGAAAUGAAAUGCCAACAGGCCAAAUUGCUUACCCUUUUUGACACUGCUGGAAGGAAUCCACACUGCGGACCCCAAAGCCUCUCCCAAAUUCCUCUAGGAGACCUGUUUAUUUUGCCAAUGCCCUUUUUAUAAGUUUACGGCCACUUUGCACAGGAAAGAAAGUUUUCCAUUUCCUCCUACCAUCCAUUUUAGUCAUGCUAAUGUGAAAACAAAUGCUGUGUUCUGUGCUGAGAAGGACCCCUCACUUCACUAGAGAAACAUUGCCAUCUUGAGGACCAUGGAGCUCCUGCUUUCCUCUCACAGUCUACCUGACAAAUCACACUCAUGCACAGCAGACACCCCGGACGGAGCUGGUAUCUUUGACUGCUGUAUAGAAACGACAUGAGGGUGAGUAAGGAGAGGGAGAGCUGUCUGCCGGGUCUGUAUCGGUGGCUCAGGCAGCAGUGGUAAGUAUAAAGUGUCAGCACCACAUGCUUUUACAAUAACACAUGCAAAAUGGCACACUAGUCUUCAGCCAGAGACACUACUGAGGUUAUUCACACUGAUGGCAGAAAUUAAAUAGUGCAAGAUAACAGGGUCGUUUAAUGCCAACAAUAACUCACUGCACAUAGUGCUGCUCCCAUCAGCGGCUUGAAACUCAACAAAACUGAAUUAUAAGUUGUGAUAGUGAACAUUUUAAUACCUGAAUGUAUACUCUUGAUAAUAUACUGAAGUCAUGUAGAUGUUUGUUUACAUUCAUUGCCAAAUUGACGUAAAAGGUUGACAUUUUACAGUGAAGGUACAGCAGUUGAUGCAAAACCAACUUGUGAUCGUUAUCAUUCACUUAAAUGUUCAUCUUGGCACUCUGCUGCAGGACCUACGGUCAUGAAGAUCUAACAUGGUUCACAUCUCUUUUAAGACUCACAUUCUUUCAUGUUUAACGUUGUGAGUAAGCCCCUCCUCAUCAAAGAUAAUGUUAUUGAUCCUGCUUAAAGAAAGAUUAUUUCUUGUUCAAGCUUAAAGUAUUAACAUCAGUUAGGCAAAUGUAAUUUAAAGGAACUGUAGUCACAUAAGAAAAUGUUUUUUAGCAGAAAAUUGUCUUUUGCAUUCGGAGUACUAAUGACUGAAGGCCACAAAUAAUAACCUCCAGUUAACACAAUGGAGAAUAUGAAUGUGAGAUUUAAAGUCCAUGACCUUUUAAAUCCAUCACAUCCCAUCAGUUAUCAAUCAACAUGUAGCUUGUGAAACAAAAUCAAUCUGUGGCCAAUACUUGACUGUUUAACCUGACGGCUGGCGUUUCAGUGCCAGUAUGCUUUCUCUUUACUCCCAGUAUAUCGGGGCUGUAUGAGCAGCUGUAUGUGUGUCAAACCAGAACCAGAGAGGUAUGCAAGUAGAUAUUCACAAAUCAAUAUAUAUCGAGCAGCAAUAUGAUGCUUGUUUGUUUUGUUCAAAAAUGAGGUAUUAGCUUUUGUCUUCAUACACCGUGUUAACAAAAUAGGCCCUCUUACACCCUCUUAAUACAAGGAAUUCUCAAGUUUCACCAAUUUUAAAGGCUACUUUGUGAAUUGAUCUACAUCUGGAGAAAUUAAGUUAUUCUGAGUCCGGUCAAUGUGUCACCAGAUUUCCAGAUCAGAGUUGUUGCCUAUAAUCCUUUGUAAUGUAGUAUUAGUGUAAGUAAGACAUCUCAUCGUGUUGUAUACUGGUGUACAAUAUGGCAUUCAACAUUCAACAUUCAUAUCUCAGUUCCACAAAUCUCAUGUCAUAUUUGCUCAUGUAAUUCUGUUAGAAAGAACUGAUUUACUACAAAACAAACAUCUAUACCAUAUAACAUCAAAAAUCUAUAAAAGCCACAAAUGUGUCAAAUACGAUUUCACACUUGAUUUAUGUUAUGUUCAUUGAGGUUUAAAGCACUCACUUGAAUAUUAUGUCGAUAACCAGCACAAUCAAUCAUCUUCAAAUCCUUUACACUGUAAACUGCUGUCAAGAUUAAACCGUGUUGUUAUGUUUCCUAUACAGAGGUACAGUGGAGCAGUUGAUGCAUCCCUUUGCUUCCAGGCCUCCAAUCCACACACUAGAUGGCAUCUACUGUAAGUAACCUGUUUGCUUUGAUUAACAGUACAUUAACAAUCUGAUUGAUAUAACAUGUUGAACCCUUUUAUUUACCAUGUCAAAUAAUUACAAGCAUUUGUUGGGUCUACUUUUAAACCCACGGUGGAAAUGAAUGUAAUAAUAUAGUCUAAAUCAUGUUGUUUAAUGCCGUCGGUUUGUCUCCAAAAUGUGUCAAUAAAACAUGUAAAAGAUG